AUGGUGGGUCAGGAUUUCUACUACCUCUGUCGACACCCCAAUGUCUUCAGAGUCCCGACGCGAGACGAGCCGCUUCUGACGCAUGCCUUUCCUCUGGAAAUUCUCGACCCUCCUGAGGCGGCGCCUUUUUCUUUCGAGCGCCACGCCGGCCAGAGGACGUUCGUUCCUCGCCUUUCUCCUUCUUCCUCGCCUCCGCAAGGCCCCUCGUAUCGCGUGACCGGUCUUGCCUUCCACCCCACAGAAGACUUAUUUGCUGUGUCCCUUGCAGUUACUGCUCCAUCUCCGUCUCCCUCUUCUUCCACUGCUCAGUCUUCAUCCACUUCCUCCUCGUCCUCCCGCGCGUCCCCUCCUCGUUCCGGCUUUCCUCCGUUUCCCGCGUGCUCGCGGUCUAGUUCGCCUGCUGAAUGUGAUUCCCCUGGACUCCCAGCUGCGGCGCCGCCUUCCUCGUCCUCCCCUGCUUCUAGCGGCGGGGAAGAAAGCAUGCCCGCAGACGGGGGCGCUGUCGGCGAGGAAGACGAAGGAGCGAAGGGGGAGCGGGAAGCGACGAGACUCCGGAGAGUGUCGAGCUCAGAGACGCUUCCUCAGAUCGGCGCACUCCGUGGCAGUGGCCCGCCGGACUGUGCUGGGGCCUGCGCACCCAGCGAAACCCAGGAAACGGCGAGAGGAGACGAGGCAACGGCAGCGAAGGAAGGGGGAGAAGGCGACCGCAUGCGGCAGAAUCACGGCGAGCGGGGACCGGAAGCAGAUCAGAUCGAGAGGGGAGAGGCCCGAGAGACAGCAGGUGAAGAAACCGACUGUGGCGCAGAUGUGCUCAGCGAGCGGAAGGUCGAGUGGAAAGAGGAAACGGAGAGAGACCCGAAGGCGAAAAAAGUCGACGACGAGGCUGACCACGUGAUGCCUUUGCAGAGAGCGGACUUGGACGGUUUCGUGACAGUCGGCGGCGCCGAAACCAGACAAGGGAAAGACGCGCACAGCCUCUCAGUCCCUCUCGCGGGGUCGCACGCGCAGCUGACUGUGUCUUCUUCUGCGCGUUCGUUGUCUCCUCCCCUGCCUUCCUCGCAGGCCCCCCUCACACCGCCGCGUUUGUCUUCGCCUGGACUCGUCACAAGUUCUCUGUGCUACUCUGUGAUUGUUCUCGGCGACACAGUCACGCGGGCGCCGAUCGUCUCGUGGCGAGUGCCUGCCAUCCAGCUUGCGGGGAAAGGAGCACGGGGCGAAGAGCGCGAUGAAACUAGCGAGAGACGAAGACGCGCAGUCGAGAAGGGAGAAGAGAGACGAGAGGCAGGAGGCACACGCGACGCUCUGACGACAGCCACGCACCUUUCGUUCACUGCGGAUGGCUGCCAUCUCGUGGUCAUGGAAGAAAAGAGAGACGUCCUCUUCCUCUUUCGUCUCCCGGCGCCGUUUCUGCUUCUCCAUCCUACCCGUGUCUGGGCGACGCACAGGCGAAAACGAAACUGCUUCAGAAACACUCCUGCCAAGAGGCAGCGCCGAAAUACGCUUCGGGAGGAAGGAAGAGAGACGCUGGAAAGCGCGGGCGAGGAAGCCAGCGAGGGAGAAGCGAGCGAAACCGGAGAAGACGAAGGCGCGAGCGAGGAGGGCGAAAGCCAGGUUAGGUUGGUGAUGGCUCUUCGUCUGCAGGGGGAAGGAAGCGGAGAUGAACAGAAGGCCGGGGAGGCAGAUGACGCCCCGCGACCGCCUCUCGGCAUUUCUUGGUUGUUUCCUUUCUUCGCGUCUCCUCGCGAAAGGACGCAUCGUGACAAAGACCGUAAGCAGGCAGAGGAGACACGACCAAAACACGAAGGCCCGUCUCACACGUCCGCCACCACUUCGGAGCCUUCAUCGCGUUCGCAGCCGUCUCCGGCGUGUGCACUCCAUCCGUCCUCUGUUCCAUCGUGUGCUCCUGCGGAAUGCCCCGCCUCUGCCGCGGCGUUUGUAACAGAGCUGGAAGCCAGCGAGGACGAGCGACACGAUCCGUGCCCAUGCUUGCAUGCCCCGGUGAAUGGAGCCAAGCCGAGCACUUCAGGAGGCGAGGAACCACCGGAGGGGAGACGCGACGCGCUAGGAAAGGACGACGGGGACCGGAGAAGAUACAGCACUGCGGCGACGAAUUUAGACAAUGCGGCUAAGGAGCUAGAAGCGAUUCGACAGCAGGACGAGAGAGAGACAGCACCCACAAAGGAACAGAGAGAGGGUGGAGAAGGCGCCGGUUGCGGCGAAGGAUACCAGAGCGAAGAGAAAGGCCUGUGGCGCCAGAGACAGGAAGGGGAGUUGACAAGAAAAACACAUCAAGACAUCAGCAGCCUCCAGGGUACAUUCCUCCAGGUCGUCUGGGUGAGACGCGGGGCGGGCGCGAGAGGUCAGAACCCUGGCCGAGAAAAAGGAACUUUCAAAGACGGAUAUAACAGAAAUGCAAGGUUAGAAGGCACCAGACAGGAUAGCAGAGAAACAGGCGGCUCAGGUUUCUCUGCAGGCUGUCCGUCGUCGAUUUUCGAGAUUCCAAAGGGACGGUCUUGUUCUUCGCAGUCUUGCCCAGGUCCCACAGUGCUGCUCGCGGCAGCGCCAGCGAGGGGGGCGCCGCUUCUCGUUUUUCUUUGUUGGCAUUGUGGAUUUCUCAAACAGGUUGCUGAAGCAACCGAGGCCGGUCUCCACACAAAAGGCCGACCCGAAUCGUGCUGUGGUCAGGCUCUCGCGCCAGCAGCCGCUGUGGGGGAUCUGACCGACGCGUCGCUCUCGGAUUCUGCGCGGAGACAAAGUGGAGCUCGGAGUGCGUCAGUAGGCGACCGGGGCCCGGACGUAGCGGCGAGCGAGGCCAUCCCAGUUUCCGCUCUUGUCUUCUUUCAGCCUCCGAAACCCCAUACGCCUGUCCUUUCGUUUGCCUCUUCCCCUCGCUGGUCUUCGUCCUCUCCCGUCUCGGCUUCUCUCUCUGCAUCGUGCGCUCCGCCUGUCGCUCCGUCCUUUGAGCUUGUUGCAUGGCCUGCGCGACUGGGGCGAAGUCUCCUCGACGCUUCGCCGCUCUCGCUCGAGCUGAAACAGAACGCAGCAGCCAGUCACGUGGCGUACCGGGCCCUUUGUUACUGGGCACGGUCUCUCCUCUACACACACGCUGUGCUUCUUUCUCCUUCGCUCUCUCCUCGUUCUUCGCUGUCUUCGUCUCUGUCGUCGUCCUCUCCUUGUUCGCUUUCCUCUUCCCCGCCUUCGGCAGCUGGUGGAUCGUCGCGUGCGGCUAGCGAGCGGCCGGGGUUCGAUUCCAGUGAAGGCGAAGCGGGGCAGAAGGAGAAGGAACGUGAGACGCGCGCGCAGGCCCCGGCACCCGCAGAGUCGCGGAAGCCGAAGCAGUUGCCGGCUCAGGCGAGGCGGCAGGACAGUGAGAGAAUGCGAGGCGAUGCGCGCAAAGGGACAGGGACGCGUGAGGCACCGCAUACACCGGAGGCCGACCCGAAGAAGCCGCAGCGAAAGCACACGAAACCGACAGUGUGCAGUCGCCGCGUCGGGGCCUUUUUCCGGGCCCUCCUGGCCCACGCGGCAGCGCCGGUGGGACUGCCGUCCGUCCAGCUGGUCAAGGAGACACUCGGGACUCAGCUCCUCUCGCUGGUUGCAGGCGCGUUUGCGAGGCAAUUCGGGAGUGUCUUCCCCUUCCAAACGCAACGCUGGACAGAGCAGCUGAGAGCGGAGAGAGAAGCGAGAAGGCGCGGCGCGGUGGCGUCGGGAACGGGACAGGACACGAACCCGGCGUCACCGGCGCUCGCGUCUCGGAUGGCUGCUGGUGUCAUGAGAUGCGAGGAAAGAGAAAAGGUCGACGAAAGAGGAGACGAAAAAGAAGCGGAAAGAGCCCGGCACGCACGAGCAGGAAGGGAGCGGGCCGGGGAAAGAGCCGUGGCAAGAGAAUUCUCAAGCGGCAGCGGCGCCCAUUCGUUUUUCGAGGCCAACUCACAGGUUCACGAGACGGCCGAGAGGGGUCCAGAGAGAGUCCAAGCCGUGAAGCGAGAGGCGGCGGAUUUCGACGACUCUCUCACGGAAACCGCCGUGCCCAGGAGCGCCGUGACGGACGCUGGCUUUCUCGACUUCUGGUAUCUGGUACAUACACUCGAGGAUCGCCUGUACAUCUGUGAUGCGCAGACAGGCGCUGUUCUCUCGGAAGUCGAUUUGCUCAUGCAGCCAGUGUGUGCCACGUGUCAGGUGCCGUCUUCGCGACCGCGCGCGGCCCUCUGCGCUGCUCAGCACUCACUUCCAGAGAUGCCGGAAAGAGAGCGAGGCGCCGUGCAGGACCGCCGGCGCGGCGGCGAGCGUGAAGGAGCGACUCACGUCCAGGGUAGAGGCAUCCCUUGGGAGCUGAGAACGCCGCUGGAAAACCUCGACAAAAAACCAGCCGUCUCUGAAAAUCGACGAAUUGCAAUCAGCCACGACCGAAGAUGCCUAGCGAUUCUAACAUGGACCUCAGAUGCCCUAGCUGUUCUUGAGCUUGACGCUGUCGCCGCUUCGCCUUCUCCAUCUUCUCCCUCUUUUUCUUCUUCCGCAUUCCCUUGUUCGUCCGACGAUUCCUCUUUUUCCUCUUCCUUGCCGAGCCUGCGGGGCUCGCAGCCUUCCUCGCCAGGAAGCGAGCGAGGAGACUCAGCUGGCUCGAGAAACGGCGAGGAAGGACGAAAAGGCGGCGGUGAAAAGGAACGCGCUGGCGAAGAGGGGAGAGAUGUCGGAGACGCGAGAGAGGAGCAAAGGCACGGGGCGGUCUAUCGGGGUCACGCAGUUCGAAUUCGGAGACAAAACUGCCUUCCCAUCUUCAAGGGCUCCGCAAUUGCGUUCACAGACGAGCGCGUUUUCGGACGGCAGGUGGUCGUCGCGCAAGCAGCCAAGCUGGGCGGCUGCGUCUUUGUGCUUGACUGGGAUUCGCUUUUCUUCCAACCGUCUCCCCUCCAGCCUCUUCCGCCUUCGUGGUCUCUUUCUUCUCUCCCCAAGCUAACAGGCAGUUGGCCCGGCUCCGCCGCUCCUCCCUCCUCAUCCUCGCGUCUGUCUCCCCGUCUCUCACCUUCACCGUUUCCAUCCACCUCUGUCGGCUCGUGUCCUCCCUCUUCUUCUUCUUCUUCUUCUUCUUCUUCUUCUUCUUCUUCUUCUUCUUCUUCUUCUUCUUCUUCUCUGGCUUCGGCGUUUGCUGCGUUGGCGUGUGCGGCUUGCGGCCCCUCGCGAAGAGGGCCGGAAGCGGCGAGGAGACAGGAGACAGAAAGCGAGAAGAACACGAGUGGAGGCCGUUCGAAAAAAGGCCGCCGGCGCGGCGCGGAUGCGAAACAAGAAUCUGCGAGGCGCCUCGCCCUGGUCGCCGCGCACCCGGCGACGCUCGCCAUCUUGUCGACUCCCGAUAGCCGCGGUGUCAAGGAGGUCGUGCCGUUGCCCCGGCACAGCGCCUUUUGCUGCGUCCUCGCUCCGGCCCCCUCGGGGCGGCAGGCCUCGCAUCAUGGCGCGGCCUUUUCGUUCUCCUUUUCGCCGUCUUCCUCGUUUUCUUCUGCGGCAUCUCCGGGCGGUCCGGCGAGUGCGUGUGCGAGCGAGGCGCCGCCCGAGAGGGUGGCGCGCGGCGAGCAGGACUGUCUGCUCUUUCGCGUGGAGCGAGGCCAGUGCGGCGCGAUCCCGGUCGUCUGGCAAUUUGAUAUUUUUCAACAGUUCCUGAGCUUCCACGAGAAGAAGGAACUCCGGGGCGAAGACCUCGACGGCUCCACUGCGUUCUUCUUCCGGCAGUUUGCGCGCGAGGUGUGUCACGCCGGCUGGCUGAAGGCCGAAGACGCGAUUCUGCGCAGCCGCACGCAUUUCGUUCUGCCUCUGGCCUGGAGCCCGUCUGUGGCUUCUUCGGCGAAGCCCUCGCACGCUGCCACUCCCCCGCCUGGCCUCUCUCUCCCUGUCCUGCUGCCAGUCUGUUCCCCCCUUCUCGUGGCGCCGCAUUUCUCGACGCCGCACUCGCCUGCCUCGCUGUCUCCUGAGGCGCUCUCCUGGGUAGCCGCAGGAGGGGCCGACGCGACGGCGCGCUCGAGACAACGCACGCGACGGUGGGAACACAUCUUUUGGGAAGGCCGAGGAGCGAGCGGCGGAUGUGUGUCGCGGGGAAGUCCAAACAGAGCGGAAGCGAGGGCGUGGAUCAAGCGAGGGGACGGAGAUCGCGUCUGGGUAGCGACUUCGGCUGUGUCGGGGGAACGUGGGAGAACUGGGGCAUGCGGGCCGAGGGCGGAAGCAGAGAACAGGCGUGGUCGCCUCGGCCACGCCGAGGACAAGUCGGCGACUGCGGCAGGGGAGAGAACGACGCAGGGCGGGAAGGACACGGUCGCCCCCCUCGCGAAGGCAGAAGAAACAGACGAAACGUGGAGCGAUAAGGAAGACACAAAAGGAGAGGCCGAUGACAUAGCAGCAGAGACUGAGGACAUACAACACGAGAUGAAAGAAACGAAAGAAAAAGGAGCCUUCGCUUUUGACCCAACCCGUGCGAGUCUCGAACAGCUGAUCUCCGCUCUCUGCCGAAAAGAAACCAACGGGGAGUCCUUUUUCCCUUUGUCCUCUGGAUCUCGUUGCGCUUCGGCGGAUGCCCUUGGGUCGUCUCUCGCUCCUGUUCGCUCCUCUGCUUCGUCGGAUUCUUCUGGAAAAAAGCGAUAUGCGCCGGCGUACUCGAGGGCCCGCCGUCUCAGUGGCGAGCCGGCGAGGCGCCGCGCACGAAGGGACGCCGAGGGGCUCUCGCCAGCGGGACCCGAAGAGAAGGAAACAGACGCUUGCGUGCGCCGCCUCGGCCCGGCGGUCUUGGACGUUUGGCUGCGAGCGGUCGCGACGGCCUCCGAGGUCCCUUGA